AUGGAUGCUCCUCCGCCCAUCGUCAUCGGCCUCGAUGGCCUUAUCAAGCACUCUCUCCCACGCAUCGCCAAGUUUCGCAGCGCCGCAGCCGCCAUGACAAAUUUUGGACGGCUAUCACCGCUUCUGAAGCGCCUUCAAGUCAGCGUUCUGCUUCUUGGUACCAUAUACCGAAAGAUUUCGCAAAACGAUACGAUGCCAGGAUCCGAUCUAUGUGUCGGUAUCUGUCAUGAUAGCCUUGCGCAAACUCAAGGCAUGAUGGAGGCUGUGAUGCGAGCAGACGACGACAAUGCGUACAAUGUCGGCAGAGGGGUAUUGGUUGAGAGACUGCCUGAAGAGAUUGACUCUUUUAUUACUUCUGUGGAGCUUUUGAGAAGCACAUAUCGGGAAGCGCAAUACGAAUUUAUACUCCAGUCUAUGAAAGAGCUUACUGAACUAAGGCGCGACUACUCCGAGCAUUUGAAACAGUAUGAACGGACAACGGGCUCGGAGAAUGGAACGAAUGUGACUGAGCCUGAAACAGCAUCACCGCCUGGUUCCUCAGAGCGAAAGUCUGGGGAAGAAAAGACAAAACGUGUAGAGGAUACGGCUAUUGAAACCUCAGUACCGGUCCAAUAG